UAGGGUGUCUGGACGAUCAAACGAUAGCCUCAGCGAUAGCUGCGGGAGCUCUUUGCCCAUACCUAAUACACGCACGGCAAUGCGCGUCGCGUACUGAAGCGAAAGUGGCACACACUUUUUGAAUACAAGGUCCCCUUUGAAAGCUCAGAAAAUUGUGAUCUGAUCAUUUUUUAAAAACAAAAAUGAUAUGGUUCGAAAGGGAAUUAAAUUUCCUAUAAUAUGCUUCUAAGGACAAGUUUUCUCUUAUAUCAUGAAGUGAAGAUAAUACGAAAUUGCUGCUUACCCUUUCGACAGCACAGCGAUCGAGGUUGCUACAAACUUGUCCAGCUGGACUUAAGCAUUUCCGGGAUCGCUGAUUUCGAUGGUGCACUCAGUUUUGAGCUGAUUACACGAGAUCACAAUGCAAAAUCAAUUUGAAAAUACCCUUGUGCAGACAAGCGAAAUCUAGAGGCGGGGCGUACGCGUCUAUUUUCUUGACAACGAAGCCAUACGUAGAGCGCGUAAAUCCCAAAUUAAUUUGCAUCAUAUGCAAAUUCGCGGCAAGCCGUCCACGUGAGCACAAGCGCGCGAGUUUGAAAACACAUGAGUGAAUGUGGAGUCCGCAUGACUACGACUUGGUGUGUGAAUGUUUGUGUGUAGAGGUGGAACAUGUACGUUGGCUAUGAUGAGAAAUACCACGCGGUUGUGUUGUUGUUGUGUGUGCAUUCAUUGACGAUGUGUAAACGUUGAUUUUAUGUUCAUAUAAUUUGUGCAUGUUUUGUGUAGAGGAUUUCCCUACCCGACUGCUCUAUAUUUUUGUCAAUUUCACUCUUUUUAUCGAGUGUGUUGUUCUUCAAGCAUCCACUGAUUUGUACAUCGAGUGUGAUGUAAUUGCGAUUCGCGAGGUCUUUGCUACUCGGAUCAUCAAUAUUUCGUGAUAUAUCAUCCCUUUCUUUGAUAUUCUGUGGCUGUGCUUCUCCGGUUUUCUCCUCCCGCGUUCUUCGUCUACGCACCCGAGUACCAGCCCGUUACUCAGCCUCAAAGCCCUCAUACUUCCGCAAGUCCACAUAUCCGGCCGUUCGUGCAACUGCAAGUCAAUAAUAGGUUUGGUCUCAAAUUUUGUAUAGAUUAAGUUUAAUCUUGCAAAAAAAAUUGACUUGCCAGUAUAUUGCUCCAUCAUACCAUGUCGGAUUCACGUUCAUUCGCAACCUCAUGUUACAACUGUAGGCCCAAUAAAGAUGAUCUCUGUCUCCGAUAUCGAGACAUCAAGCAUUUUUUCGAUUAUGAUGCCGAGCAGCAAAGACCUCGCGAUGAGUCACGGCAGCACUGUCUGCUGUCGUAUGUAAAUAUGUUUCCAAACAAUAAAUACCAUCACGUCCAUCUGGGUAAUUUGAAAAGAAAGGCCGAAAAAAAAUGUAAUCAGGGGAGGGGUAAUGAAAAAACUACGGAGUUCAAAACAUUGUCAGAAAUAGGGUCAUUUUGUAAUCGUUUGGGAAUUUACGAGGAAGAUGUACAGGCCGUGUUGUGUGGGGAAUAUAAUAGGGAAAAGAUUGGAUGGGAGGGUCUCACAAACGGUGCUGUCAGAGAAUUAUUUUCAUGGGGAAGAAAGAGAGAUAUGACGACUGGACAAUUUAAGGUUCUAUUAGAAGGUUUUUUUGAUGUAGAUACGACGCUAAUCUCAAAUCAGAAUUUGUACAAAAAGAUAAGAAGUUUGUGUGAUAGUGUAAGAAACAAGAAAAGAGUAAACAAGAAUGAAGGUAUAAUGGAUGAUGUGUUUGUGUUCGCUAGAAAAGAAAUGAAAAAGAAACAGAAAAAAAAUAUCAGAAUAGAAUUCAGAAAGAGUACCAAUUCAAGGGUGUGCCGUCAGUGUAGACGGAACUGUGUUAGACCUCGUCAGAGAAGUGGAUUUAAAGUAGAUGCAUCAUAUAUGAAGAAAGUUGUUUUAAGGUUGAAGAAAAAAAUUGAAAAACUUGAAGAAAAAAUAGAUGCAUGCAGCGUAAGGUUUGUAAAGGCAUGUGCUAAAAAUAGGAAUAUAAAGAAGCGGAAUGAUAGGAUGUUGAAUGCGAUGAAAGUUAGAAAAGAAACCAUCAUAAGAUUGAACAUAGAAUUGUGCAAAAAAAGGAAAGUAAUCACUAGCCUUGAGAAUAGAAUAUUCAUGCUUAAAAAGAUUGUGAGAAGAGACAGUGACUUAGUAAGACGAAGGCAACAGAGCCGAAGUUAUUUGAAAGCGAAGAACAAGAUUAAUUACAUGCUUAGAAAAGAAAACAAUCGAAUGAAAAAGAAAAUGGAAAAAAUGACUGAUAAGAUCAACAAAUUAGAAGAAAGAUUGAAGGCAGAUUCGCACGUUGUUGAGUUAAAGGAAGGAGGGAGAUACAGUGAUGAAGUUCGUUCAGUAGUACAAGAAUUAGUUUGUUCAAUGGGUGUUAGUACAAGGAAAGGUGGUGAGGUUGUGAAAACUGUACUAGAAGGGCUCUGUAAUGUAAAUAUUAAGUCUGUACCAAAGAAGGAUUUUUGAUCUGCUAUGUAUAUGGAAGCCAGAGCGCUCAGUUUAAUACAAGCGGCAAAUAAAAUCUUAGAUGAGAAGGAGGUUGAUAUGACAGUUGGAGGAGAUGGUACGACCAAGU